UUUACUGUUUCAUUCUUCAAUUUGAGGAAGCAAAUAUCUAACAUCUUAUGUGUUUUCAGAGGAAAAAAUGAUGUUUUAAGGAAACGACUGAGAACAUUUUAUAAAGAACAGAAAACAUUACUAAACAAAGUGAAUAAAUCAAAUUGUCCAUAUAAAUAUCUUUGUGUGAUUGAUUUUGAGGCUACUUGCGAUGAAAAUAGUAACAAGGAUGUUAAUUAUCCACAUGAAAUUAUCGAGUUUCCUGCCGUUUUAAUUGAAACAUCUUCCAAAACCAUUGUUUCAGAAUUUCGUGAAUAUUGUCGUCCUGUCUUAAAUAAAAAUUUAACUGAAUUUUGCAUGUCCCUAACUGGAAUAAUGCAGGAUGUGGUUGAUAAAGCAGAUACUUUUCCCUUUGUUCUUGAAAGAUUUAUGACGUGGAUGGCUAGCUACAAACUUGGGUGUGGCAAUUCAUUUGCCAUUGUGACGGAUGGACCAUGGGAUAUGAAUAAGUUUUUGGUUGUUCAGUGUGAUUUGAGCCAUACUUCAUUUCCAAAGUUUGGUAAAAAGUGGGUCAACAUUUGUAAAACAUUUGCCAACUUUUACAAGACAAAAAAGCGUUCAUUGAAGAAAAUGUUGCAAACGCUGGACAUGGAAUUCGAAGGACGAAAACAUUGCGGAUUAGACGAUGCUCGUAAUAUAGCCAGGAUCGUAAUUCAUUUAUUAGAAAAGGGUGCAACAGUUACUGUAAAUGAAAGACUUUCAUGGAAUGAAAUUUCUUCAAGAGUAAUAAGCGCAUCUGGAGGAUUUGGUCAUAAAGAUUAGCGAAUUAUUACAAUAGUGAGGUCAAAACCUUUAAGCAAAUCACAGAAUAAAGUGGUCAAAAAUUGGAUUUUGUAUUAUACACCCAACAUUGUACAGUUAAAACUUUAUAA